ACUCGUGUAGCCUCUCUCCCAGGCAAAUUCACUUCGCUCUCUCCCUCCCUGUCUGUUCUCUUGUUCAUGGCAGUUAGAAAGUCGUCCACUUGCUCCCCGAGCCUCACAGUUUUCGGUGUCUUACUCAAGCCACUGCCUUACUACAGUACAGCGCUACAUGAAGAUUGGAGUAGUACUGUAUUGUUUAUCCAUUCUUUGGGAGACAGGCAGCAGCAUUCUGGCAUUCUGGCAUCCUACGUUCAUUAGGCCUCCUGACAGUUGUCUCAACGCAACGCAUUUGCCGCUCUGCUGUAAUACAUGCGCAUACGGCGAACAAUUUUAAAAUCGCAUGUCUUCACGGCACAAAGCCCCCGGCACAUAUUAUAAACUCGGUAGUGGAUUGUGAUACCUCGACUUCCCCGCAAUUACAGUGGCCAUCCCUGACCCUUCAAUAGUCUGGACACGUGCAUGUAAAAUAUAAGAUUCCUCGUUUCCAUUUAACGCACGCUCUUCGUGAGUCGUGAAUUCUCACGGCUACUGCUACAAACUAACUCGGUGAAUUUCCCGUUUUUACUCCGAGCUUCUUACGAUAGACGGGUUAAUUCUCCUGAAUUCCGACUCUCCGGUUUUCGUCGAUUAAAAAAAAAAAAAAAAAAACUGAGAUCCGCACGUACAAUAUGGGUGGUUGUGCCAGCAGACCCGCUGUAAGAGGGGAUGACGUGGACGAGCGUAACCCCGCUAGAGUCACACCCACGUCCUUCUCUGGCGAGCUCGCCGCAUCCAAUUACGGCGCAGAACAACGGCUGGGAUCCGCGCAUUUCUUUCCCGCCAGCAGCGUCAAAUCGCACGACAGCAGCUCGGAGCGCUCCGGCGGCGAAAGCGGGCGAAGGAACGGACUACCCUUAGGGAAUUCAGAGCCACGUCCGUAUUUACCCGGUUCCCCGUCCAAUGGCGCUGCAGCAUCCCGCGCAGCGGCGGCGGGGGAAUCCCGGUGCGGCUGGGACGACUCGAGAACCGGCGGCGGAGACUGGAACAACCGCGGGGGAAAUGGCGGAAAUGGGGGGGUAUUAGGCGGGGGCUACGGUGGCGGGGGAGUGUACGGAAGCGGGAGCAUGCACGGGACGGGCGCGGGGAGGGGAGCGGGGGGAGGCGGCGGGGGGAACGGGUCGACGCGCGCAGCGUCGAUGUACGCGGGGGGAUUGGAGGGGACGACGGGGAGCAUGCACGCGGGGCUGCUGGCGACGGGGUCGGAGCACGGCGCGGGGGCCGGGGCAGGGGGGAACAAAGCGCAAAAUGCCGCCGCCAUGAGAGCGAUGCAAGCAGCCAAGCUCCGAGCCUCCAAGCCUGCUUUGGAGCGGCACGACGUACAGAUCAUAGGCUCGGGAUCGGAGCUGCUGGUGUUCUCACACGGCUUCGGGUACAACAAGAAUGUGUGGAAUGGCGUGGUCAAGGCGCUGGACAAGUCGCGCUAUAAGAUCGUCCUCUACAACAUGACAGGGGCUCUGGGCACGGACUACGACGCGUUUGACUACCAGCACUACAGCACGCUGCACGGCUUCACAGAGGACCUUCUGCUGCUGCUACAGGAGCUGGGAGUGGAGGGCUCGGAGAGCGGCCAGCAGUGCACGCUGGUCGGGCAGCAACAGGCGGGCAUGAUGGUCCUGCUGGCGUCGCUAGAGCGGCCCACCCUCUUCAAGCGAAUCGUGCUGCUCAGCUCCUCACCGCGGCUGCUGGGAGCGGAUGGCUACGAGGGCAGCUACGCGCUCUCAGACCUGGACCAGGUGUUGGGCAUCAUGCAGGGCAACUUCAAGGUGGGUUUGCUGGCGUGAUGGGAGCGUAGUUUUGAGGCGUCUCAUAAUCACACUUCUACCAGGUGUUCGGCAUCAUGCAGGGCAACUUCAAGGUGGGUUUGCUGGCGUGAUGGGAGCGUAGUUUUGAGGCGUCUCAUAAUCACACUUCUACCAGGUGUUCGGCAUCAUGCAGGGCAACUUCAAGGUGGGUUUGCUGGCGUGAUGGGAGCGUAGUUUUGAGGCGUCUCAUAAUCACACUUCGACCAGGUGUUGGCAU